GAAUUGCAGCAACACUCAUGAAUGAAGUGUGUCUGUUGUGAAUUAUGUCUUUUAAUUUCUUUCAUUCUUUCAUUCCAUGUUCCUGAACUGAUUUUUUUCUGCUAGUCUGAUCAAUUUGACUGGUUGCUGUAUCUUCAGUAAAUAAAUGGAUGAAAUGUGCAUUUUUCUCAAUGUUUUUAACAAUGGUUUGUUCAAAGCAUGUCAGAUGAUAUGGCUAUGGGUUCGUGUAGUCACUUCAUUCACCCGGCGAACGAAGUGAACCAAAUCAAGCUGACCCGUAAAGUCAAGGCGUAUUGGACACAUGCGCGUGCAUUGCUACCAGCAAACGUCCUAUCCGACUGCGCCUUAGAGAUCAACACUAUCAUGUCUGGGACCUACACGUUCAUCGGAAUAUGUUUACCCGCACUGAGAUCAAGCGGGAUAAAACGGGUUCUCUACUGGCAUCAUCAGACACGCAUCAGUCUCAGACGACUGCUGUCCACCGCUCAGCCAGGUGGUGUCAUCCGGCCGCUAGAGGGCACCAGAGUUCUAGACCUAACGAGGGUUCUGGCAGGUCCAUUUGCCACCAUGAUACUGGGAGACCUUGGGGCUGAGAUCAUCAAGGUGGAGAGACCAGGUGCUGGAGAUGACACCAGAGCAUGGGGACCCCCCUUUGUGGGAGAGGAGAGCGCCUACUUCCUCAGCGUCAACAGAAACAAGAAGAGUGUAGCUGUGAACCUGAAAGAUCCCAGAGGCGUCCAGAUCAUCCUGGAGCUUGCAGGUGUAUGUGACGUGCUGGUUGAGAACUACCUUCCUGGAAAGCUGCGUGAGAUGGGCCUAGGGUACGAGGACGUGAGCUGCACCAACCCCCAGCUAGUCUACUGCUCCAUCUCAGGAUAUGGACAGACAGGGCCAAGCCAGAAGCCGGGGUAUGACUCCAUAGCGUCUGCUGUGUCAGGGAUGAUGCACAUAACAGGGCCAGAGGACGGCGCGCCAGUGAGGCCGGGUGUAGCCAUGACAGACCUAGCCACGGGCCUCUACUGUCACGGAGCCAUCAUGGCAGCUUUGCUGCAUCGACAGAAGACUGGAAUGGGCACCCACAUCGACUGUAACCUGGUCUCCACACAGGUGGCCUGUCUCACCCACAUAGCAGCCAACUACCUUAAUGCUGGGAAGGAGGCCCGAAGAUGGGGAACUGCCCACGAGAGUAUCGUUCCUUAUCAGGGCUUCAGGACCAAAGAUGGAUACCUGGUAGUGGCAGCAGGGAACAACAAGCAGUUUGUGAAAGUCUGCAAAGUGCUGGGCCUGUCUCAUGUGAUACAGGAUCCCAGGGUUCAAUCACCAAACACACUGAGGGUCCAGCACAGAACUGACCUCCUACACACCCUCUCCCUGAGGUUCCUUGAGGAGAAGACCAGUGAUUGGCUGAAGAGCUUCGAGGGAACAGGUGUCCCUGUUGGACCAAUCAACUCCAUCCAACAGGUCUUCUCAGAUCCGCAGGUGGCCCACAAUGGCUUGAUCCAGAAGAUGACUCACCCUACUGCUGGACACAUCUCUGUACCAGGUCCAGCCGUGCGUUUCAGCAGCUUUGAGAUAGGGGAGCCGACACACCCUCCUUUGAUUGGUCAACACACCAUCCAGGUCCUGAGGGACACGCUGUCCUACAGUGAUGAUGUCAUCAGCACGCUUCUGGAGUCAGGCACAGUGGCCCAGAAUGAGGUGCAGUGAGGAGAACCAUGAGCUUGGAACAUUCUUAAACACUAAUGCCAAGGCUAAUGCCUAGGUUAGCGCUGACGCUUAUGCUAAGGCUAAUGCUAAGGCUAAUGCUAAUGGCCCCUUCAACUUCCUGGAAGCAAGGAGUAUCUGCAGGAUUUUGUACCGAACACAUAUAAUUAUAAACUGAAAUUUGAUUCA